AUGCAUUUCUACAAGAGUUUGCUUCUUUUAAUCUUAGCUGGAGACGGUGUUGAGGCCUUGGGCGGAAUUGACCUUGUUAGAUUAGUGGCACCUGGGUCUCAGCCACCAGUUAUCUUUGUGGCAGAAACAGGUUUACCAGACGAUGGUUCAGGUAUUGCGAAUAUAACACCUUACGCCGAUACCACGGAUGAUGCUAAUAGUGCGGAUACCGCGACCCCGAGUGCCACGGAUAUCGCGAGCGACUCUCCGAGUGCUGCGGAUACCGCGACUGAUUCUUCGAGUUCAGCGGACAUCGCAACCCCGAGUACCACGGAUACUGCAAGCGAAUCUCCCAGUGCCAUGGAUGCCGCGACUGAUUCUUCAAGUGCUACGGACACCGCAACCGACUCCUCGAGUUCCACUGCGACCGCAACUGAUUCCUCGAGUACAAUGGAUACUGCGACCGGUUCCGCAAGCACCACUGAUAUCGCGACGGAUUCUGCGAGCACCGCUGAUACCGCGACCGGUUCCGCUAGCAGUACAGAUAGCGCGACUGAUUCCUCGAGUACGACCGAUAGCGUGACAGGGUCUUCGAGUGUUACGGAUACUGCGCCCGGUUCCUCGAGUAGCACGGAUACCGCGACCGUCUCCUCGGACACUGCCGCUGAUGAUUUCGCCAACACUGCCGACGGUAAUUCGACGAACUCCGCCAGCGGCGAGGCAUCCAACACUGCCAUUAGUGGACUUACGAACGUCACCAGCAGUGAUACAAUUAGUCCUGCCAGUCCUGGUGCGACCAACACCCUCGGUGGUGAAUUAACCACCGCUAUCAGCGAUAAUUCGACCAACACCCUCAGUGGUGAAUUACCCACCCCUCUCAGCGAUAAUUCGACCAACACUAUCAGUGAAUCUGCCAGCCCCAACAGUGGUGGUUUGACGAAUGUUACAGCAACCAAUACUGGUGGUAGUGUAUUGACUGAAGUUACAGGCAACGCAACAUUAAGUUCAGCAACUAUGCCAGGUAAUGGUUCAGCGCCAACUAUGAACGUAUCGAACUCAGGUGUAGCUCCGAGCUCAAUGGUGAAUGGUACUGCGACGUAUAACCCGGAUGUCGGCGUGACAGUUACAUCAAUUGUUACUGAAUUGACUACUUACUGCCCUGGGCCAACGCAGUUCGUCCAGAAUUCUAAGACCUACUCGUGCGACGGCCCAUCAACCUUUACCAUUACUGACUGCCCCUGCUCCCUGACCACAGUUAUACCCGCAAGCAAAACAUGCACCCAGCUUGUAAAAACGCUCACUACGUACUGCUCUGAGCCCACAACGUUUGUACAGAACAGCAAGUCAUACACUGUGACUGCGCCGACCAUUCUGACCAUUACUGACUGCCCUUGCACAUCUGUUGGUCCAGCUGGUGGAGCUUUGACGAGUAACAUUGUAUCUACUUUGACUACGGUGUGCCCAUCUGCUACGACUAUUGUCACUAAUGGGGGUACGUAUACAGCGAGCGGCCCAACCACCCUUACGAUUACCGACUGCCCCUGUACACAAGUUCAAACAUUAAUUGGAGACUGUUCGCGGGUGCCCUGUGCUAAUUUGGGUGGUCCUACACCUAGUGUGAGUGCUGAGCAAGCGACUUCACAGGGCCCCGUAUCUGCAAACGGGAGCAACCUGGUCAAAGCUGGUCUUGGAAGCCUCCUUGCACUUGCAGCUGUUUUGCUACUUUAA